AAGUACUGUUGGAGCAAGUCAACCCGGAUUACAUCGCUUGGGUCAAACCCAUGAAACCUAACAAGCAAAGGUAAGCAGAUGCGGAUCGCUGUAGAGUGUACUGAUUGUUGAUCAUCACUACGCUUCUUCUGUGCUUCAGUAAUGGGGUCCGAUUGAUUUCUCGAAACAGUUUGUAGAAGCAGGAGAUGUCGAAGCUGUUUUCAAGAAUCGCUGGGUUCUUCACCAGCCGGAAUUUUGUUGGUGUGGACAAGGCAGGGAACCGCUACUUCACCAGAGUAGAAGAGGUCGAUGGUAUCAGUAAUGAAAGAGAAGAGAUGGGUAAAAUUCAAAGGAGAGGAGGAUCCAACCUCAAUUCCAGUUGAAUGGAUUUGCUGGUUGAAUGGGCAGCGUAAAAAGGCUCCAACUCCUGAGGAAAUGAUUGAACUUGAAGCAAGGCGUGAACUUACAAGACAAAAUGUUGCCCUUCUCAAGAAAGAAGAAGAGGAAAGAAGAGCCAAAGAAGGCAGUUUCCGAAAAAAUGUUGGCACUGGUAAAGUUGGAGGUCCAGAUUUGAAAAGUUUCAUUCAGCAAUUUCCCACUACUCCAGAAGGUCAGAAGCCUGAGGAGGAAUCAUAUAUAAUGGAUAAAGUGAGAAAAAGAGGAGAAGCGGCAGAAGUAGAGAAUGCAAAAGAACCUAGGCCAGCGUCUUCAGAGCCAUCAGGAUCUGGUGCAACCUUCAGGCCAGGGACAUGGCAACCACCAACAUAAUGUGGCUACUACAUACGUCACUGGUUACCCAACCACAUUGAUAGUUGCUAGUAAGAUCCUGGUUUACAACAAUUUUUUUUCACUAAAAUCUGCAGACCCAGCGCAACGGGAUGCAUCACUUUUACAACAUAUGUUGAGGCAAAUUAGGCAUUCUUCAUUUGACUUUUUUGCUCAUACUAGGAUUUUUGGCAUUGGGAUACAUAGAUGUACUUGAUAUUUCUUUCAUGAAUGUAUAAUUAUGAGGAUAAAUUGAAGUAUUCUGCUUAAUAAUUUGUGCAACAGUAGAGCAAUUACCAAAAUUCUGGAAUUGUAAUUUAGUAUUAUUUACCUA